AAAUAAAAUAAAAAAGUAACAACCAGCACAUAAUUUUAUAAAAGCAACGACCAUCUUUCAUUUACUAUGCUUUAUUACAUAGUAGAUUAAAAGCUAGUUGGGUUGCAAUCUCGAAGCAGAAGAAGAGAAAUGGAAAACACAAAAACUAAUGUGGCAGAAGAAGAAGAAGAAGAGAGUGUAGUGUUGGAAAUUCCACUAGGAGACGCAGCAGAGACAUUCAACUUAGAGAAAGCAGUAUGCAGCCAUGGCUUAUUCAUGAUGUCUCCCAACCACUGGGACCCUCUCUCCCUAACAUUCUCUCGCCCUUUGCGUCUCUCUCUAUCUGAUUCUGAUCCUCAAGUUUCCACUCCUACUACUUCACUCUUUGUCUCCAUCUCUCACCCUCCUCACCCCCCUCACUCUCUCAGCGUCCGCGUUUAUGGCACGCGUUGUCUCUCUCCAAAGCAUCAAGAAUCACUGGUGGCUCAGGUGGUGAGGAUGCUGAGGUUGUCGGAAACAGAUGAAAGUAAUGCAAGAGAGUUUAGAAAGAUGGCAGAGGCGGCAGCCGCGGAGGAAAAUAAUUCUUGGUUGACAGGUUUUGGUGGGAGAGUGUUUAGGUCUCCCACUUUGUUUGAGGAUAUGGUCAAGUGCAUUCUUCUUUGUAAUUGCCAAUGGCCGAGGACUUUGAGCAUGGCUAGAGCACUUUGUGAGCUACAGUGUGAACUGCAGUGUAAAUCAUCUGCUGUGUUUGUUGCUCAAGCUGUGAAUGCGACUGUCAAGAAUAAAAGUAAUGACACUGCUCAUAAUUUUAUUCCGAACACGCCUGCCGAUAAAGAGUCCAAGAGAAAUAUCAGAGCAUCUAAAGUUUCAAAAAACUUAGCAAGCAAGAUUGAGGAAACAGAAACCCUCUUGGAAGCUGAUGCUAACUUGAAAACAGAUAGUGCCUAUAUUGGAAGAGAAACUCAGGAGAGUGUAGAAAAUGAUUCAUGUGCAAGAUGCAGUUCACGUCAUGGGUCUGAUUCCUGUGCGCCUGAUAGUCUUCAAUCUCAGCAUGGAAUACAACCUGGUGUGAACAAGAUGAUUUGUAAUUUCCCCAGUCCAAGAGAACUAGCAAAUCUUGAUGAAAGUUUUCUGGCCAAGCGCUGCAAUCUUGGCUAUCGAGCAAUUCGAAUCAUAAAACUUGCUCAGAGUAUUGUAGAAGGGAGGAUUCCACUAAGAGAAGUUGAAGAAGGUUGUGCUAAUGGAGCAAGCUCUUCUUGCUAUAACAAGUUGGCUGAUCAGUUUAGACAGAUAGAUGGAUUUGGUCCUUUCACAUGCGCAAAUGUGCUUAUGUGCAUGGGAUUUUAUCAUAUCAUUCCAACUGAUUCUGAGACAGUGAGACAUCUAAAACAGCUGUCAAUACAGGUGCAUGCCAAAAAAUCCACCAUUCAAACAGUUCAAAGGGAUGUUGAAGAGAUAUAUGGAAAAUAUGCGCCUUUCCAGUUCCUAGCAUACUGUUUGCAUCAUCCCCAUGAUAUAUACUUCGAUAUGACAAGCACCCAGCCAAUAAAAAAUACAGCAACGAAGAUCUAACCAACUCCAUGGAAGGUUGCAAUUGUUUUGUAUUUUUGUUGAAAAUUUGUGUCUCUCUCUUAGACUUUUGGGAAUUAAGGAUUAUUAGCUGCAGAUAUAUUUGUGACAAUGGUAAACAUGUACCAGGAUGGUAUUUACUAAGUGCAGAAGCAAAGUCCAAUUCACACCCAUGAGAACAUGCAUUCUUCUUACAGCCCUCGAGUACGAGGAAGAUGAAAGAGUUCAACAUUGCCGUUGACACAGCCAACUGCAAGAUGUUCUCAAGCUCUUUAACCACCUCAUUCAUUGUUGGCCUGUUGGCUGCCAAUUCUUUGACACGCCCAAUUGCCAGAUCAAUAAACUUUUCUACACCUGUCAGUGGUGUGCACA